AUUCUUUUCAUUUUAAAUUUUUCGAUUGUGCGUUUAUCAUUAAAACAUAAAGACAACAAAUGCGAUACAAAAGAUAUAUUAUGAUCUAUAGACUGCCGGAUAGCAAAUUUUUUCAAUAGCAACUCACACAAACCAUCUAAACACUUGUGAAUAAUCAAAAGUAUUUGGUUUUCUUUUUUUUUUUUUUGCUUAUUUCUUUAUCGUAUUGCGAAUUGCAAAUACAAUUGAGUAGUGUUUGAAAGAUAAAAAGAUAACCAACGAAAGCAUGUCCCAGGACAAUGAUGAGAUUGAAGUGGACAUAUCUUAUCGGGAGACAAGGGAGACAAAGUCAGAAGGAGAUGUGGAAGAAGCAGAUGAACAAAAUUUACAGCCAUGUGGAAGUCAAACGCUGGACAAACGCCUCAAUCCAAAUGCUCCAGCAUUUGUGCCCGGAUUGACAGCCAGCAUAUUGGCCAAUAAAAUUAUUGAAGAAUUGCCACCUUAUUGCAUAUGGAGUCGUGCAUCAACACCAGAAAAUGAUUCAUUUGGCGUACCCUAUGAUCGCAUCUGGCGGGAGAGUCCAUUCAAUCACAGGUCACCAGUAACAAGAUCAGUGACCCUUAAUGCCAGAGCUAAACCAUAUGUACCCAAGUCACUGCAAUUUCAGGAGGUAGUUGACGAUGUUGUGCAACAGCAGCCACAAAGACAACUACAUCCUGAACUCUCGGAACGUGUUGAAGAAUUCUCAAGAACGAGCCUCAGAAAUGAGCAAGUGGAAAAUGAUUUUGAUGAACCCUACCGAUGUUGUGGCUGCCGAAUGAUGUAAUCAAUGGGUAUAUGUCCGAGUUAUACUGACCUUCCAUCUUAUUCUGAACCGAUGUUAAUUUGUCUUCCUUAAAAUAUAAUGAUUAAAAAAGGUUAA